GAGAGAGAGAGAGAGAGAGGUGCUUCCCCAUAGCCAUUCACGUCGAGAGGAAAAGAGAAGAAGAAGAAGAAGAAGAGUGUCGAGAGAUGGAGGAUAUACAGGAGGAAGAGAACGGUACGGACGAGGAGGUGCUGGGAUCGAGCUUGACGAUGGAGAAAGUGGCGGCUGCUAAGCAGUACAUCGAGAAUCACUACAAAGCUCAGACGAAGAACAUUCAGGAGAGGAAAGAGAGACGGUGGAUCUUAGAAAGAAAGUUGGCUUCUUCUGGAGUGCCGAAGGAGGAGCAGAUGAACAUGAUAAAAGAUCUGGAGAGAAAAGAGACUGAGUUUAUGAGGCUUAAAAGGAACAAGAUAAGUGUUGAUGACUUUGAGCUUUUGACAAUCAUCGGAAGAGGUGCUUUUGGUGAGGUUCGCUUAUGUCGGGAGAAGAAGUCUGGAAAUAUUUAUGCUAUGAAGAAGUUAAAGAAAUCUGAAAUGGUCAUGAAAGGACAGGUGGAACAUGUCAGAGCAGAGAGGAACCUGCUGGCUGAGGUUGCAAGCCAUUAUAUCGUGAAACUCUACUAUUCAUUUCAGGAUGCCGAGUAUUUAUACCUGAUUAUGGAAUACCUUCCUGGUGGUGACAUGAUGACUUUGCUCAUGAGGGAGGAUACAUUGCGGGAAGAUGUUGCAAGAUUUUAUAUUGCUCAAAGUGUCCUGGCCAUUGAGUCCAUACACAGAUACAACUAUAUUCAUAGGGAUAUCAAACCUGACAAUCUUCUUUUGGACAAAGAUGGACACAUGAAACUCUCGGACUUUGGGCUUUGUAAGCCUCUUGAUUGUAGAACUUUACCUUCUAUUCAGGAGAAUAGGGCCACCGAUGACGAAACUGUUACAGAACCUAUGGAUGUUGAUGGAUGUUUUCCCGACACUGAUAACAAAAGAAGCUGGCGCAGUCCCCAGGAACAACUUCAGCAUUGGCAGAUGAAUCGCAGAACACUAGCAUUUUCGACUGUGGGAACACCCGACUAUAUUGCUCCUGAAGUUUUACUGAAGAAAGGAUAUGGCAUGGAAUGUGAUUGGUGGUCAUUAGGUGCAAUUAUGUACGAAAUGCUCGUUGGGUAUCCUCCUUUUUAUGCAGAUGACCCAUUAUCGACAUGCAGAAAGAUUGUCAAUUGGAGAAAUCAUUUGCAUUUUCCCGAGGACGCUAAGUUGUCACCCGAGGCAAAAGAUCUUAUCUGCAGGUUGCUGUGUAACGUCGAUCAUAGACUUGGCACUGGAGGAGGAGCCCAGCAAAUCAAGGUUCAUCCUUGGUUCAAAGAUGUUGUUUGGGAAAAGCUUUAUGAAAUGGAUGCUGCUUAUAAACCCGAAGUGAACGACGAGCUAGAUACACAAAACUUUAUGAAGUUUGAUGAAGUGAAUUCCCCUGCAGCUGAAAGAACUAAAUCGGGUACCUCCAGGAAGAAUCUUGCUCCCAAGGAUUUAAGCUUUGUUGGCUAUACAUACAAGAACUUUGACGCCGUGAAAGGGUUGCGUCAUUCACUUGAGAUGGCAAGAACUAUGUCUCUGGAUCGAUCACCAGCUGAGGUGAUGCCUGUGGAGCGGAUAAGCGGGGAAGCAGCAGAAGCUCAGAUGGUAUCAACGAUGGAUGAUCCAAUGAUUAUUUGAAAUAACCAAAACUAGUAAUGAAGCAAAAGAAGACUAAUCAAUGGUUAGCCUUUCCUGAUGAUUCUGUGUAUUAGAAGAAGCAAAAAAAAAGGAGGUGAAAGAGAGAUUUAGAGGAUUAUUGAGUAAAAGUCUAUGUGUUAUAUAAAAGCUGCCCAGGUUGGUUUUAGUAAUGUUGCCUUCUCUAGUGGCAGUUUUAUUAGCAACAUUUUUAACUCUCUUUACCUUUCUCUGUGUGUAUCAAAAAAUUCGAACUUUUAUUUCUAUAAAUUUGAAGACCCACCAUGGAGUGAGGACUUUUAGAGUGUAUAUUUGAGUUUUGUUUGCAAGUUAGAUUUCUAACCAAACUUGGAUAUAAGGAUGUUUUCAUGUUAUGUUA